CGGAAGUGACCCUCAGUGGAACGGUUGCCAUGGUAGCGGCCGGGCGCGCUGCUUAGCAGAGGAAAGAUGGCGGUGACGGGCUGGAUGGAGAGUCUGCGGACAGCCCAGAAGACUGCGCUGCUGCAGGACGGGAGAAGGAAGGUGCACUAUUUAUUCCCAGACGGCAAGGAAAUGGCUGAAGAAUAUGACGAGAAGACGAGUGAACUACUUGUGAGAAAGUGGCGUGUGAAAAGUGCCCUGGGAGCCAUGGGCCAGUGGCAGCUUGAAGUAGGAGAGCCAGCGCCCCUAGGAACAGGGAACCUGGGGCCUGAACUCAUCAAGGAAAGCAAUGCCAAUCCUAUCUUCAUGCGCAAGGACACCAAGAAGACUUUCCAGUGGCGGAUUAGAAACCUCCCCUAUCCUAAGGAUGUCUACAGUGUCUGUGUGGACCAGAAGGAGCGCUGCAUCGUUGUCAAAACAACCAACAAGAAGUACUACAAGAAGUUCUCCAUUCCUGACCUAGACAGACACCAGCUACCUCUGGAUGACGCCUUGCUAAGCUUUGCCCACGCCAACUGCACCCUGAUCAUCUCUUACCAGAAGCCAAAGGAGGUUGUGGUGGCUGAGUCCGAGCUACAGAAGGAACUAAAGAAGGUAAAGACAGCCCACAGCAACGAUGGGGACUGCAAGACCCAGUAGUUGGCCCCUGAGCCUUAUACCUCCAGCACAGGGGGUGCCGUGAGACUUCAAGGCUUGGUCCUUCUUGAUCACGGCAGCCUCCUAUCUUCUAGGAGCUAUCAACGGUCUAUAAGAACUGGGCCGUGGGGCACUCCUAGCCAAUGAGUCAUGGUCGUAUUUCCUGAGUAAAGUCAUUCUGAGCUACUUACUGCA